UCCGUCUCUGGCUGGCGAUUCUACAUCGCUGAUUAUAUAUUUUUCAUCCCCUCCGGUGUCCCACCUGAAAUCGUCCUCUUGAUCCGGUUCGAUUUGGGUGGUCAAUCGAGGCGGGACAAGAUGAUGUUCCUGGCGUGCUGCUACAAUGAUCCGGACAUGCUCAUCGAUCCGGACACCAUCUACCCCACCCGCGCCGACUGCCCGGAGGCGCCCAAGUCGCGCUUCAAGCCCCAGCCUCGCCGCACGUUGAGUCCAAGGAGAUGGAAGCUGCUGUUCAACGAGGAAGGCUGCCUGGACGCAGCUGGGAUGAUCAAAAGAGUACAGCGUGGGGGUAUCCACCCAAAUAUCAAAGGAGAAGUUUGGGAGUAUUUGCUGGGUUGUUACGACCCUAAAAGCACUACUGAACAGAGGAACCAAUUGCGACAACAGAGAAGGUUAGAAUAUGAGAAACUGAAAACAAAGUGCCGAGAAAUGGACACGACGGUUGGUAGUGGAAGGGUAAUUACUAUGCCUGUCAUAACAGAAGAUGGCCAGCCUAUCGAGGAUCCUAACGCAAAUGGAGGGGCAAGGGCUUCUUCAGUGGGCGUAGAGCAGCAAACCAGUAAUUCAACGCUCCCUAAAGAAGUUAUUCAGUGGAAACUUCUUCUGCACCAAAUUGGUCUCGAUGUUAACCGUACCGACCGUACACUAGUUUAUUACGAGAGUCAGGAGAAUUUGGCACGGCUGUGGGACAUUCUUUCAGUCUACGCAUGGGUGGACAAUGACAUUGGUUAUUGUCAGGGAAUGAGUGAUCUUUGUUCACCGAUAUCAAUCAUUUUGGAACAUGAAGCGGAUGCUUUUUGGUGCUUUGAACGGCUGAUGCGCAGGGUGCGUGACAACUUCAAGAGUACAUCUACUUCCAUUGGAGUUCGAUCUCAACUGACCACCUUGUCAUCAAUAAUGAAAGCUGUUGAUCCAAAGCUACAUGAGCAUUUAGAAAAUCUUGAUGGAGGGGAAUACUUAUUUGCCUUUCGGAUGCUGAUGGUUCUUUUUCGAAGGGAGUUCUCUUUUAUAGACACAAUGUAUCUUUGGGAGCUCAUGUGGUCUAUGGAGUACAAUCCAGGUCUGUUUUCAAUGUUGGAGAGUAAGACUGGCGCAUCAAACGCAAACGAUGAAAAUACCCUCAAACAGUGCGGGAAGUUUGAAAAGAAAAACUUGCAGGCGGCCAAGAAAGAAGAGCAGAUCCCUCUAUCAGUCUUUGUUGUAGCUAGUGUCAUAGAGGCUAAAAACAAAAGAUUGAUGGGAGAGGCAAAAGGUCUAGACGAUGUUGUCAAGAUUUUGAAUGAAAUCACUGGAAGCAUUGAUGCAAAGAAGGCAUGUAGAGGGGCCUUGACGAUUCACGAGAAAUACCUAACCACAGUAAAGGCAUCAUAGCGACGUGUACAGCUUCACAGGAAUGCAUCCUUAGGAACAAUAUUCAGUUUUGCCCUUUUUAAAUUGGAGGAACAGCUGUAUCACAGUUUUUUUUUGUUCAUUCUUGAUAUGUGUAUGUGUUUUUAAUUCUUUGACCCACUAUGUAAUUUUGGCAUUUCGACAAAAGGAAAUGAAUACUAGUGGGAUUAUGCAGGAAUAAAGUUUGCAACUAUUAUAAAGUUA